AUGCAUGUUGAGGUGAAAGAUGCAGGUCUUACAUGGUUGGAUUGGUUGCGCCGCCAACGAGGAGCAGGUGACGCAAUCCCCCCCGAUGCCCAGCAUAACUCCGAAAAUACCAGCGAAACUGUUGCGGAGGAUGGAACAUUCGCUUUAAAGAAAUUUAUGGGAAAGCAGGUUGGGGUGACCAAACCACUGCUUGCCGUCUUUUUACUGGUACUCCUGUCGGGGUUUAUUUUCCGGGUAUCUACCAAGCGAAACUCCCCUAAUUUGAGCUCCCCCAGCUUAAGCCCCCACAGGUUAAGCUCCCAAAACAAAGCAGCCUCGCUCUCUCCAGAUGAUGCAAUCAUACGAAGGUAUUUGGAUGAUCUCGACAAAGUAAAGAACGGGAUGGAGGAGGCCUGGGACUACUUAGAACAACCUGCGCAAGAAGCUUUUCAAAAAUACUUCACUCCGUCGCACGGCGAAGGACAAGAGCUAACUGGUGGUCCGUUGGCGACAAUCAGUGAACACGUCGCUCAGAUGCAAGAAUGUGAAUUCCCAUCCCAUUCUUCUGCGAAGGUGCGGAAGGAUUUCUUGCAACACGUUCAGCUGCUGCUCACCAUUUGCCGCAUGGUCACUCUUCGCCUGGAGCAAUUGAAGUGGGACCCGUUUUCGGAAAAUAAAAACAGAUCUCCAUGGAGUAGUUUUCUUCCCGAAGAGCCUGAUAGUAAUUCUGACCUUGAAGGCGCCUUCGGCAUUUCUUCCUCAGUGAAGGCGGAUGUCUCCUGGGAUGAAGCGUGGAGAGUUGGCAGUGAACAGGGACAGUUAGUAGGUGGAGAAGUAGACGAGGCGCCUGACAUUGAAGUUCCACGAAGUCCUCUUGCCCAUGAAGAGCCUGAUAGUAAUUCGGGGCUUGAAGACCCCUUUGGCAUUUCCUCGUCGAUGAAGGCGGAUGACUUCUUGAAUGCCGUGACGAUGGCAGAGGAUGCACGGAGACAGUCAGUGGAUGGAGAGGAACCCGAAAGAAUAUACGCCAAAGUUCCACGCAGUCCUCCUGUCUACGAAGACCUUGAUAGUAAUUCGGGCCUUGAAGACCCCUUGGGCAUUUCUUCGUCGAUGAAGGCGGAUGACUUCUUGAAUGCCGUGAGGAUGGUCGAGGAUGCACGGAGACAGUCAGUGGAUGGAGAAGAACCCGAAGGAGAGGACGUCAAAGUUCCACGCAGUCCUCCUGUCCACGAAGACCUUGAUAGUAAUUCUGGCCCUGCAGACACAUUGGACAAUUAUUCCCUGUUGACAUCGGCUCAGUUCUUGGAGUCUGUGGGGAUUUUUGGCGGUAACGAGAUACAGAAAGUGCCUAUAAAACUAGCAAGCAGAUUGAAUUCUGCAUUGGGCAUAGAUGAAAGUCGUAAUAUCUCCAACCUAGAUGCCAGAUAUUACUUUGAGCGUUUUCUCCAAGCAUUUGGAGAAGUCGACCCCGCCAGCGCCACUCCUCCCGCUGCCAAACACCAAAUCCCAUAUAGUGGAAAACCAUUUAGAACUGGUGCUCUCGCACAAGCAGCUGCCCAAAUAUUUCGCCAAUCGGAAGGCAAUAUUAACUAUGCAAAGGUACUCAAGAUGCACAGGAUCGCGGAUAACUGGACACCCGAAGGAGUAAAGGAGGCUACAGAACAGCAAGAGGAAGCAAAUAAGUACAACGUAGAACAGCGGUUGCUCAUAAAAGGGGAACAAAUGCGUGUGUUGCGUAAGAAGGGCAUACAAAACAGUGAUUUGGAAAUGAUUGCAUUAUUCCUUCUAUAG